UCCGUGUAGAUCCUGGAGAGUCUCCGCUUACACGACUGCUAUGGAGAGUCCCGAGGUUACGUUCACGUUGGCUUACCUGGUGUUCUCCGUGUGCUUCGUGUUCACCCCCUCUGAGUUUCAGUCGGCGGGGAUCACGAUCCAGAACUUGCUCUCUGGCUGGCUGGGCAGUGAGGACAUGUUCUUCAUUCACUACCACAUUAAGAGGACCACGGCCACCUUACUGGCUCACUCCCUGUUACCUCUAGGGUACUACAUAGGGAUGUGCUUCGCGGCUCCAGAAAGAGAGCUGUACAAUCUUUACAAGGCAAGCGAAGGAUUGAGAGUAUUGGUCUCUAUUGCCUUUAUCCUGCCGUCUAUCACAAGCAUCCUUGCUUUAUACUGGUCCUUAAAGCGCUGGAGUUGCCACCCGGUUGCCAGGCGCCUGGCCCAUCACGCUCUUCCUCAGUCGAGCUGGAGAUCUGUAGCAUCUUCCAUCAAUACCGAGUUCAGAAGAAUUGACAAGUUUGCCACGGGGGUGGCUGCGGCCAGGGUAAUCGUCACAGACACGUGGGUCAUAAAAGUGACCACCUACAAUGUGUACGUGGCCCAGCAGCAGGACAUUCAUCUAACGGUGAUUGACUCCAAGCAGCAUGACCUGUCUCCGGAGUCCAGCACCCCUGUGCAGUUCAUCACUAUACAAGUAGCCAGCAUUAAUCCAGGCGUUCGCCCUUUCGAUAUCAGGCUGAAUGCCACUGAAUACGGUGAGCUGAGGGAGAAGCUUCACGCCCCCAUCAGGAAUGCCGCCAACGUCGUCAUCCAUCAGACCCUCGGCGAUCGCUUUCUGGAGACGUUCAGGUCCCUGGUGGAAAACAAUCAGCUCUACGAUCUGCCCAGCAAUCAGGAGCUGGAGCCCUGCAUAGGCUGCAUGCAGACAAGGGCCAAUAUCAAGCUGGUGAAGCGUUGCCGUGCCCCCGAUGAAGGCGAGUGCCAGCAGUGCUACUGCCGGCCCAUGUGGUGCCUGACAUGCAUGGGGAAGUGGUUCGCGAGCCGCCAGGAUCAGCAGCAUCCGGAGACGUGGUUAUCCAGCCAGGUGCCCUGUCCCACGUGCCGUGCAAACUUCUGCAUAGUUGAUGUGUGCAUCGCGCAAUGAACAAACAUCGACUUUCCGUGUUAAAGUGUUUUUGGUUCUAGCAAAAACUCCUUUUUGGCUUCUGUAUUAUUGGAUUUAUUUUCCUUAAAGGAAAACUGUAGCUAAAAUAAAAGCUAUUUUGGAAGGGGGAGGAAA